AUGGAUUCGACCAAGGCUCCUCCUAGUUCCGAGGUUACGACCUUCGAUGAGAAGACCGUAUCCGAGCCUCUCAAAGUGGAGCCACAGGCCCAAGCCGCCGAAGAAGAGUAUCAUGGACCAAAGCGCGAUUUUCGAUUCUGGCUGGUGUUUGUAGCACUCUGUUGCUCACUUUUUCUUUCGUCCCUCGACCUUGGUGGAGUUGGCACUGCAGCACCGACCAUCGUUCAUGAUUUGAGAGGCGACAACUUUAGCUGGGUUGGGUCCGCGUAUGCUCUGGGUGCUGCAUCUUGCCUUCCCCUAAGCGGGAACCUGGCUCAGAUAUUUGGAAGGCGGCCAAUACUACUCGGCGCACUUGGGCUUUUUGCAGUCGGUUCCGCUGUCGCGGGAUCUGCCCGGACUAUGAAUAUACUAAUAGGCGGUCGAGCCAUUCAAGGCGUUGCUGGCGGAGGAAUUCAAGCUCUCACCUCGAUCGUGACAGCCGAUUUAAUUCCACUCCGCGAACGAGGCGUAUUCAAUGGGAUUACUGGUCUUGUCUGGACAUUGGGAAGCGUCGUUGGACCGUUCAUCGCUGGCAGCCUUUCUGAGAAAGCUUCAUGGCGAUGGCUUUUCUACAUGAACAUCCCACUUUGUGCUCUGGCUAUGGCUGUCGUAACCUUCUUCCUAAACGUCCAAACCCCUCGCGAAAAUAUCAAAACCAAGCUCCUCCAGGUUGAUUGGCUUGGCAACGUAUUUAUCAUAGCAUCCACUUGCUCCUGCAUGCUCGGAUUGAGUGUGGCUGGCAUAAUUUAUCCGUGGUCUUCGGGUCAAGUCCUUGCACCGCUGAUUAUCGGUUUGGUGGGUAUGGCCUGGUCAUUAUAUUACGAGUCUCGCUGGCCAGUGAAGCCUACAAUUCCUCUGAUAGUCCUUUCGAAUCGAACCACGGUGCUUGGAUAUGUUGCAACAUUAGCACAUGGAAUCGUGUCAAUAUCAGUGGGCUUCUAUCUCCCAACCUGGUUCCAAGCGGUCCGCGAAGCAAGCCCGCUUUUAUCUGGUCUUUAUUUCUUACCCAUCAGCGCAACCAUAUCUCCUUCUGCUAUUUUCCAAGGUCGCCUCGUUGCUCGAACGGGGAAGUACCGGGUUAUCAUAUUGACUGGAUGGUGCUUCAUGCUUCUCGGCCUCGGGCUAAUCUAUUCAAUGAACACGCGCACCCCACUUGGUCCAAUCAUCGUGUUCCAACUGAUUCAAGGAUUCGGGAUGGGUUUUGGCUAUGCGACCACUUUUGCGGUCCAGGCGCCGCUGCCUAUUACUCAAAACGCCAGCGCAAUAUCAUUGUUGACCUUUUGUCGCACAUUUUCGCAGGCUUGGGGAAUUGCCUUGAUGGGCACCAUAAUCCAGAACAAACUCCGACAAAGCCUUCCAGUAACGCUAAUCGCACAACUGCCAGCCAACUCUGAGAUUGCUUAUAACAUCAUUCCUUUGAUCCCACAGAUGUCAGAGCCUCUGAAAGGCGACGUGAAAAGAGCAUUCCUCGACAGCAUGCGGCUGGGCUGGAUCAUUAUGGAGGGGGUCUGUGGGUUCGGCUUGGUGACAUUCUUCUUUAUGAAGGAUAUACCGCUAUCAAGGGCGACCGAUAAGCAGUGGACGUUGAAGGAGAAGGUCAAGGUCGUCGAUAAGGAGGAACCGUAG